AUGUGCAUUGAUCGUGAAGAAGUGACGUCGAAACCAAUAGCAUUUGUCAAAGAGGAAGGUGCAAUGCAAAACGAAGAAGAAGUCAUCCUACCGAUGGGUCUUGUCUUUCGGAUUGUUUCGUAUGAAGAAAUUGAUAAUGAAAAUUCGGCAAGUCUUGUGAGAAUUACAAUGCUUCGGAGUAAAGUAGAGCAAGAAGUUGAGAAGAAGCUCAGUGAAUCUUCCGUUCUGGCAUCAACAGUUGGCACAUCUGCACUUGUAACUAUGGCUAUGGUUCUACAAUCUCUACCAAAUAGCGAAUAUUGUGCAGAAUUUAACCACUUUAUGGCUAAUACACCUGAAUUGGUAGAUUCGAAUUUAACGGCUCAGCUCCAAGACAUUAUGCGUGGCAAGGUUCCAUUUAUAUCGGGAAUGGAAAAGCUUAAACAAAUAGCAGAAAAAGAUUGGACCACUGUUCAACCACCACAAUUGGAGCCGCUAAACCUCGACGAUCCGAGCGGGACGAUUCCCGACGUGGAAAUUGGAACAACAAUACCUCCGGCCAGCAGGAUACUUUCAUCCGACUCCGAGGACCAUCGCCACCUAUGUCCUUGGUUGCAUAAUCUGCUGAAUCGCUUCCGAUAG